AUGUUAAAUAGUGAAAAAAAUAUAAUAGAAAAUGGUAACUUUAAAAAUCUUGUACAAAAUAAUUUAAAAAAGGUUGAUGUUCACUGGCAACAACAAGGACUUGAAAUGCAAGAUAAUAAAGUAGUUGAUCGUAAACAUUGGGAAGAAGCUGGACAAGGUCAUGUAUUCAAUUGGUAUGACGAACUAUCGAGUGAAGACAGAUUGAUCUUUGAAGAAGAUUUAAGACAAAUCGAUGUUGAUGAAAUAAAUACUAUUUAUAAAAGAUUAAUUGAUGAAAAGGUGAAUCAAAAGAUCAAUUUAUCAUAUCAUGGAUUUGAAAAUGUAAAGACAAUCGAUUCUCUGACAACUGAAGACAGAGAUAGAUGGGAAACCAUUGGACAUAAAUUGAUAUCAGAGGGUCGUGUUGCUUUGCUAUUGCUAGCGGGUGGACAAGCAACUCGUUUGGGAACAACAUUCCCCAAAGGACAAUAUGAUAUUGGAUUACCAUCAAAGAAAUCAUUGUUCCAAUUACAAGCAGAGAGAGUUUUAAAACUUGAACAAAUGACAAAAUCAAAGAUGGGAGUCACUGAAAUGAAACCAAUUCAAUGGUAUAUAAUGACUAGUAAAGCAACACAUGAUGCAACCAUCGAGUUCUUUGAGAAGCACAACUAUUUCGGUUUAUUGAAAGACUCUUUUUUCUUUUUCCAACAAACAAUGAUUCCUUGUUUAACUCCAGAGGGAAAGAUUAUCAAUGAAACUUCAUCAAAGAUAUCAUUAUCACCGAAUGGAAAUGGUGGAUUGUAUCAUUCAUUGUUGGUUAGCGGUGGACUUUCAGAUAUGAGAUCGAAAGGAAUAGAAUAUAUCAGUCAGUAUUGUGUGGAUAAUGUUUUGAUAAAGAUGGCAGAUCCACUUUUCCUUGGAUAUAUGCACGACCAACAAGCAGAUUGUGCAGCCAAGGUUGUUGCCAAGGUCGAUCCCGAGGAGCCGGUCGGUGUCAUGGCGCUUCGCGAUGGUAAACCUUGCGUACUAGAGUACAGUGAGAUCGAUCGUGAUUCUAAAUACCUGCGUGACGAAGCAACCGGUCGUCUUACUUUCAACUACGCACACAUUUGUAUUAAUAACUUUAGUUUUGAAUUCCUCGAUCGCAUUGCUUCGAGUGAAUUGUCGCGUGAACUUCCAUAUCACGUGGCCACCAAGAAGAUUCCCUAUGCCAACGAACAAGGUAUUCGUACGACACCGGACGCUGUCAACGGCUGGAAGAUGGAGAUGUUCAUCUUUGAUGUGUUCCCAUACUCAAAGCACAUGGUUUGUCUCGAGGUAAAGAGAGACGAGGAGUUCUCACCACUGAAAAACAAUGCUGGAAUGGCCAUACCCAAAGAUUCACCAGAGACAUGUCUGCGUGAUAUCUGUCAACUUCAUCGUACAUACAUUGAAAGAGCCGGUGGCAAACUUGACUUUUCAGAAUCAAAUAUCAUUGAAAUCUCACCGCUGAUUUCAUAUUCCGGUGAAUCAUUGGAGACAAUUGUUUCAGAGAAAUUGAUAUUACUACCCAAAGAAAUAAAGUAA